AUGGCAAAGCUCCUUCUGGUAUCAGCCUCUACAGUAGUCUUUGUCAUCCUAUUGCUUGAGCUUAGGUUGGCUUACUCUUCAGCUGAACCACAAAGGCCAAUAAAGGAAACUUGGGAAGCCAAUAAUGCAGCUGUUAACACCGGUGGCUGCACAACAAAGAGCAAGGCCAACUUUGAUAAGCAGCAAUCAGAUUUUGGCAUGGCACCUCAACCUCCACCACACCUUUGGAGACGAAUGGCUAGAGGUAGGGACGGUGAUCAUCCAAGAACAAAACCAAGUCCAGCACACCCUAAACCUGGCGGACGUCCUUAGUACUGUACGAGGAUCAUGUCUUGUCUAAGAUUUGUAGUGACAGUAGGGAUAUCAUUGGAUUUCACAGCAAAACCCUUACCUGUGUAUCCAUUGCAAUGUCUUCAUUCUUGAUUUCCUGCCCAUAUAUAUGUAUGUAAUUGUUUCGAUAGUUAAAUAAAAUGUGUAGUGACCUCACAACGUGUCGGUCAAAUAAAUUUAUUUGAGAAUCUCUCAAUAGAAGAGAAUUUUACAAAACAAUAAAUAAUUUAAUUUUACAUAAUUCAGGCCAUUGUCUUUGAUCUGGGCUGCCAUGUUUGUAGCUAUCCCCACCCUUGUUCCCACUAUUAGUAUUGUUAGGGCCGAUCUGAUUCGGAUUUCCAACCUCGCAAGCAAGGUUUUUUUUUUUUUUUUGUUUUAAAAACUAGUUUACUUUUUGUUUUGUUUUUUGUUUCUUUGACUUCUUGUUUUUUUUUCUUUUUUCCCCUCAAAAGUCUCUUUCCUCGUCAUUGUCUUUGUCAACAUAGGUCUUCAAUGCAUGCAAACUCUAAAUAAGAGACUUGAAGAAGUCAUCACAUGCAUAAGUACUCGAGCUUCUUCAUUGGCAAAGCUCCUUGUGCUUGUGGUAUCAGCCUCUGCACUAAUAUUUGUCAUGGCUUUUAACUCGGAUUGGAAUACUCUGUGGCUGUACAAAGACUAAGGCCAAUUUUGAUAAGCAGCUGUCAGCUCGGAUUUUACACAUGGCAGCUCAACCUCCGCCCCGUCCGAUACCAACAGAUAAAGGUAGGGAUGGUGAUCAUCCCCGAACAAAAGCAAGUC